AGACAGGUAGCCUAUGCCUGUGUGUACAGGCAGUCUGGAUUUCCGUUGUUAUUUGGUUAAAAUAAUAAUGGGCUUUGUGGUUUUAGCAAUGCACUCAAACCACCAUAUUGAAAUCAGCCAUGUUAGAGAUCACGAAACAUCAAAACAGUAACUUCAGGCCAGUGAGAUAGCACUAAUGUUACCCCUGAUUUUUUUUUUUACUGUACACAUACAUUAGUCUAAACUGGUCUCUGGGUCUGUCCCACUGUUAUUAAAUGUUUCCUCUCCUUUCAUGUCCGGAAGCUUCUCCUUUUCAGUUUGAAAUAUUCCUGUUUAUAAUCUCCAAACACGCACAGCUGAUCAUAUGUCACAUAAUGCUAUGCUUGUUCAGUUGGUAAUUUGUAACCAAGAACCACGUUUAUUUUGGACAUGGUGGCCAUUUGAAUUUACAAACAUUUGACAUACAUGUAGACUACAUAGUCAUUCAAAGACUUAUCAAUGACACUGUAAAGCCACCCAGCAGUCUGCACCACACUCAUUACAUUGUGGUUGAUGUCUAUGUGUUGUGCAAAUACAUCCCUACUGCAGUACAAACCAUUUAAUGCCGUAAAUACUGUUUACAUUUUUGAAGUGUUCCUACACCUACUAAUUAUUUGCCUUGUUGCCAGAAUCAGUCUCAUAUCUGGGCCAUGUAGUGGCUCAAGAAUUAAAGCACAGAGAGGCAUAGACUAGCCUGGGUCAGAUUUUGAAAUCACCACGAAAACCCUGAACUUGUGACUAUUCUCUGAUUUCUCAAACAGACAAAGAAUCCUACCACUAAUAUCCUUCCGUAAUCUCUUGAGCAUAGGGAGGAAAGCAUCCCUGCACACACAUGUCCGCAUUGACUGAGCAUGAUAUUUAAUUUGAAUUUCAACAUUUAAAGCGUAAUGUCCUCUUCCUGACUCUGUGGUUAUACUGAAUCAGGGAAGAAGGGAACAAAACAACAUGAACCUAUUGCCCUUCCACAUCAUAUUCUUUUAUCACUCUUUCAGCAGUCUGGAAUGAAAUUGAUGGCAGCGUUUGGAUGUUGGUAUUGUCCAUUCUCAUAUUCCUGUGGAUUCCUUUGCGUGCCUUUGGUUGACCCAGUGGUUUGAAACUAAGAAUACAUUGGUGGCCUGCCUGCCCUCUGACCCUGGGCUCCGAUAGAGAUCUUUGCCUGUGAAGCCACCCACAGUGGAACCUUUGUCACCCGCCUCAUUCCCAUGACUUUAUAGUUAACACACAUGCCAAUAGCGCAACUUCAAAGUGACACUAACAUAUAUAUUUUUUAAAUAUAUAUUAUAUAUAUAUAUUUUCGGGCUAUUUUUUUACCUUUAUUUUUGACAGGACAGUGGAGGAGAGACAGGAAAUGAGUGGGGGGGAGAGAGAUGGGGAAGGAUCAGCAAAUGAUCCAAGCCAGAAUUGAACCCGGGUCGCCACCGUAGUAACCCAGUGUCCUACUGUUAGGCCACUGCAGGGCCACACAAACAUAAUUUAACCAGAAAUACAUACAUGUCAAUGGUGAAACAGAUAUUUGGCAUGGGUAUAUCUGUCAAUUUCUGAAGCACCUGCACUUUUUUAUAAACCUCACAUCCACGGUCCCAUUCAGAGUCUGGUUGUAAACCCCGGUGUAGGGCUCCCUUGGCAUAUCAAUGGCAGCAUAAUGGCUAUUUGUAUGUUGCGUCUGGUCCGGCCGCAGUGUGUAUUUUGUGCUUACUUGUGUGCUUUCCAAAACAAGCUUAUGUAACCAUAUAUUGAUGUAGCUAUUCUGAGAGGCCCGUCGGAGAGAGAGAGCACAGAGCAGACUUUUCUGCUGUGUGUCCAGAAUCUGUCAAGGUCAUCGUUCUGUUCCAGCACAGUCCAGGGAUGUGAGGCUGAGUUUAGACUAGAGAGAGCCAUGUGUUAGCUAGCUACAGUAGCACACUGGAGUUGCUCUGACUCAUGAUCUACUGCAGAGGUGGGCUCAAGCCUGGGGGCCUCAUGUCAUGUUAGCCUGGCAACGCCAUCCUAUGUACUCCGCCCAAAGAUUUUGACAAUGCACAUAGUCUUGCGAAACCCUCCAAGCUUCGGUUCGCUCACCUGUUUAGCCAAUCAGCAAACAGUUGAGAGUGGCACAGAACUCACCUGAGAGGUCCGUUACUGAUUGGUUACGGUAACGCUAUUCACACUUUUGUUUUGUUAUGUGUAUCCUUUUGCGACACUAUAUCGUAACAGUCACACAAUAUGAGUUUUAAUUUGAAUUCAGAGCUCCAAUGAAUUUAAGUGGCAGAGAUCAGACCUUCUCCCACCCUCCACCAUUGAGACGGAUUCCUCUUAGCUUUCGCCAGACGCUUUCGCCCAGACUAGCCUCAUGUGGCCCAUGGAGCCAUUUCAUCUGACCCCCAGAACCUUCACAAGACAACUUAUAAAUCAAAAGCAUUUUAAAUCAUAAAACAUUCUUAAACAUCUAGGCUUUUUACAGGUGUGAGAUUAAUCACAUCUAAAUAUUGUAAUGUUCAGGAGUGAAAUAGUCAACAAGUUAUGCCAGUGUACCGUACAUUACAGUGUCUCUUAUUAUUGGCACAGGUGUGUUGCCAGCAAGAUCGGGCCCUUAGGUCAAUAUUCUAAACCCUAUGUGGCUCUCGGGCCAAAAUAAUUGCCCACCCUUGAUCUACAGUCAUUAUACUCAGGUAUGGCAUCUAAAACCCUGUGUUUGCUUUUGGAUCUUCGUCUUCACAUGGAGUAUAGCCAUAAGGGAUGACACAAACCACAAGGAAGAGCAUGUGUAAGGUGUUGCACAAUCAACAAACAUGUUCUUCGUCAGAAAAGAAUGGACGAUACCUUGACUGUGGUUUGCCGGCUCUUUUCCCUAAUCCUGAUGCUAUAUUUUUGACAACUUGAUUGUCCAGUAGUGAACUUUGGAGGCCUCUCACAACCUUGUAACCUAUUGCAAACUUAUACAGUAUCUCAUUCACCUCUUUAACCUGUGGGCUAUACAUUUGGCAAAACAAACUUCUUGGAGCACAACUCAGCUCCAAGUCUCUCUCAACUUUGCAUGUUUGUCCACUGACUUUCUCCUGGACUACUAUUCCUGAAGUAGCCACAGACUUCUGGUGAUGCUGGAGCUAGAUGCUUUGGGACGUGAGCGAACUGGACCAGCCACUCACAACCUUGUAACCUAUGGCAAAAAAUAUCUCAUUUGCCUCCUUAACCUGUGGGCUAUACAUUUGGCAAAACAAAAAACAAUCUUGGAGCACAACUCAGCACUUUGCAUCUUUGUCCGCUGACUUUCUCCUGGACUACUAUUCCUGCAUGCCAAGAGCAGAGAGCUUCUAACUUUUAAUAGAUGACUGGAAGUAGCCACAGACUGCUGCUGCUGCUGCUGGAGCUAGACGCUUUGGCACGUGAGCGAACUGGACCGGCUGGUUCUUGUGGGAUGCCUUGUCCAUCAUUUAAGCAGAGAGCAUUGUGGGUAAUUAAGCUUUUUUUCGAGGACGAUAAUUACAGAUGGAGGGCAGUGAAAGUCAAAGCCAGAGGAAUUUGGGUGGUUUGUCCAGAGGGCAAAGGUUGCACCCCCCGACACACUUUUGGAAUGGUUUGGCUCCCUUGCGAAGCUUCGAUAACUUUCGCCCACACACACUCUAAGUGGCUGACUUCCUUUGUCAGAGGGAUAAAUUACAAGAUAGGAAUAUAGAUUAAAAAUUCGACUUACUUACUUUAAGCAUACAGUACUUUGUCAUUCAGCCUUGCCAGACUUCCAUGGCUUUAACAAAAUGGGUCUAUUUGCAGUUCACUUCACAUGUGGCUACAGUUAACAUUCCUGUCAAUACACGUCGCCAUCUAACAUAGGCUAACAUCCUAUCCUAUCCCAGGUGGAAUUUCCCUGUGGGAUUGAAGUAGUCCCCAUAACAAAGAGAGGGUAGGGAGAUUUUAUUCCAUACGGUACUUUACUUUAUGGCUUUUCUGGUUUUGUGUUCUCAUUAAUGUCUGGCCUCGCCCUGAUCAGUUGUGGAUUGCUAGUGAUAUAUACAUGGGGCCGUGGUAACUCUGUACGACACACCUGGGUGGUUAUACAUGGGUUUUUUUGUUUAUAAACACGGUGUUGUGAGGAGGGGAAAGACGCUGGCAGCCACCCACGUGAGCUACUUUUUUGACUGACAGCGGUUUCCAACAAUCAGAGGUUGAGUUGUGCGCAGCCAGGGGAAAACAAAAAAUGAGAAUCCAUGUAAAGAUUAAGCCUCAUCUUCUGUGGCCUAUGUGCCGGCUGUUGCCAUCAGACGCCCCACAUUGCUCCAGGGAGAAUGUCUCUGUUUUUAAUUAGAAGAACUGAGAAUCUCCCAGCAUAAGAGUGUCUUGAUAUCCAAAAGCCCAAACAGCAUCACACAGACUGAGUUAAACAGGUCCAAAAGAGCCCAAGUGUCCCUCUCUAAACUCUCGUACUCUAUAGUUUUCCGAAGCCCUAGUGACGCAAAAGUACCAACAGUGAUCUUGUUUAAGGCCGGUGAAUGAUGUCAAGGUGUCAAUCUCCCCAGUGGAAUUUUAAACUCGUGUUACCACAAACUGAUUUGGCUUGCAGGCAAGGUGUCUGGUUUGUCUGUUUCUAAGGCCCUGUGUGUCUGCUCACAGAGGACACGAAAACAAUGAAUGUGCCUUAACAUUUGUCCCAUCCGACUCAACCAGAACGUUUAGAAUUCUGAACCUUUCAAAGUCUCAAGGAGCAGCAAGUUUGCUCAGCCAUUUAUCCAGCUUGGCCGUAGACAGCUACAGUCACACUCCGACUGUCGGUCUAGUCCUCUUCUGUGGCUGUCAUCGUGCUCCUCUCCUCUCCUCCCUUCGUCUUAUGUGGUGGGUUGCCACACAGGAGGCUUCACUGCUGUGCUGUUAAAUCAUGACAUCAAGCUCCACAAAUAAAAUUAAAAAGCGCUCCACUGACUCUACUCGAGACACUGCAGCUGAUCCCGCCACAGAACAACUGCUAAAACAUCUCCCUCUGUAUUGUUGAAAACCACAAUGCCACCACCACUGAGGUACUACAUGCCAUUUAAUCCUUGUUUGUGCCGUUUCAAGGCAACUCUUUUCACGAGACCAACCACGGCACAAACAAAAAAAGUAUAAGCGGCGCAGCUUCCAAAAAUAGACCCUGUUUGUUUCAUCCGUCAUAAUCGUGGAUCAUAAUAGGGAAAGAGGUGUUUGGCUGAGAGCACUAAUUGCUACCUCACACCAGCUGAAUGAGCCAUCAAAACAGGGUCCACGUGCUUGUCCAUCACUCUUGUUUGUUCUGGGCAUUUUUUUUACUCCAUAAUGUGACUUGUUUCUAUGCUUUGGUUCUUGUAUAGGAGAUAUAAAAGAGGAUUGAUGGCCCAGCGUGUUAGACUGGACUGUGCAAACCUGUCAUUUGUCCCUCUCUGUUGAGGGUUUAGAUUUUAUUAUUUAUUUUUUUGGGCUUUUUUUUCGGGAGGUGUAAAUUCCCGCAUUUCCAUUCUCCGUAUAAAGAGAGCGUGACGGCUGUCAGCAGGCACAUGCUUGGCAGAGAGUGCGACACUUGUUUGGGGAUGAAAAAAUGAAAAAUAGGAUGCAAUAAAAGGCCGGCCGCAGUCAGCUGAAGAGAGGAAGGAGAUGCAAGGGGGAGGCAGACAGGCACUAUGUUGUAUAGAUGGAGAGAGUGUAAAAGGCGUGGAGGAGAUCCGAACAAAAACGUGUUGGCUCUGCUAUUAAAAUGUCUGGCUAUUUCGGAGGAGCCCAUUGUGAAGGCUGGCAAGCUAUGAGACUAAAAGAAAGAGGCAUGGAAUUACCAAAGAAGACAGCGAGGGUGUGGAGGAGAGAGUGUGACACGUGCAGUGGUUUUCAGGCCCUUUUCAGACUGGUGUACAUUUUCAGCCGGGAGUCAAGCAGAGAGUUCUGAAUGAACCCAGUUCCCUCUGUGAGGUCUCAGAAUUAAGUGAAAUAUACUAUACACACCUAACAUUACAGAACAGCUAAGAAUCUUAUUGACGAGGGUGGUUGUCAUUUAUAAUGCAGUAAUAAUAUACUAUAAUCUCAGUGUACCUGUAGCCCGCUAAUGCACGCCGUACCUCCAGUGCCACCCUGUAAUAGUCAUUGAAAAGGUUAACUACCAUCGUACUACAGUACUACACAGGGCCUUUAGUAAUGCACUACGACUUGGUCAUUGCCAUUCUGAUAACAGCAAAUUCAUAAUGCAGUGUUUUAACAGGUUAAUUCAUAGUAACUGCAUAUCCAUUGUGAGGGUUGUCAUGUCUAGUCAUUGGUCUGUCAUUAGGCCAGUCAUAUUUGUUGUCCUGCUGCUGUUGUUGUUCAGGUCAGCAAAGAUCUGUUCACUACUAUUGUGAGCAGGUCGCCGACAGCUUUUGCUGGGCCCAGGACAAAGUGAUCUGAAAGGGCCCUCUAUCCAAUACAUACAAUGUAAUGAGGACCCAAUUCUGGCUGUCUCCCUGGGCCCGGGACAACAUACUCAUUUGUCCCCCUCUAUUGACGGGCCUGAUUGUGAGAACAUGUCUGGUUUCAGAUGGAUAUCGCGGGUCAGGUGAUUCUACGCCAGUUGUUGGUCUAUAAUAUCAUCUACCAUCUGCUUGCUGUAUUUCCCUUAAAAGCUUCAGAUAAUGAAUAGAUUGCAUUGCAAUAUUGUAUAAUUGUUAGAUACCUUUGACAAAGGAAGUUUUGAUUCUGGACAGGUCCACUUGAAAGAAGAAAGAUAGAAAGGAAGCCCAACUGGGAAACUUCAACUCCCAUUGUCAUUGUGACAGCACACAAGUGAACCCUGCACACUGCACACAACGAAAUUGCAUUCAUGCCUCAUCCGUGCAAGUGUUGAGACUCUUGAGACAUUUGAGAGUUACAGAGUGUGGCGGCUGUCGACGGAAGUCAGACACGUGCCAAAUGCCAUGCUCCCUUAAGUUUAGCCAGGGCAACCUCACAAGAAACUCAAGAACCUCUUCAAUUUGUUGUUUGACAGCUUCCAAAAGAACUAGUCUUAAUUUUUGGGCAGCUAUUUUGGGCAGCUCUUUUGUGUUUUUUUAUUUAAUUUCAUACACUUUUUUCACUUUGAAUGCUUUGAAAGGCCACAAAAUAAAGUUGAAUGGUUGAGAUAGAUCUUGGUGAGCUGUAAUUACUCUUUAUGGUAUUUUAAUGAAGGGCCCCAGAUUUAACCCAAGCUCUCCAGACAAGAGAAACAGCACACUCAGAUGCUGAUCUGUAAAAAAGACAAAAAACAGCUGAAACGUGAGUGACAAGCAAAGCGCCAUUCGUGUUUUUUUUUCUCAAUGGGAUGUCGGACUGGAGUGGAGAGAGUUUUGGUGGACACUUGUCAUUUCGCCAUUCCUCGGAAUUACAGAACGUGCACAUUAUUGCCCGGAGCCCUGUCAUUUCACUUUGAGGGCAUGUUUCGAGGCCCGGCGGCCAAAACCGGCAAAUGGUUUGAGUUGUUUAUUUAUUUAUAUUUGCUCCCCGGAGAGCGAGAGCGAAGUAGCCUAGCGUAGCAUCCAGCUGGCACGUGUGUACGUAUCAAUCUUACACUAGUUGAUCCUGGCAUGGCGCGUUCCUUCCAGAGACUUGAAUCCUGUCAUUUGAGCUGGAAUGUGUCAGCAUGCCCUCCAAAACGUGUAUAAAGUUAUUGAGCACUUCGACAUCUCCCUGGUCAGGGUUAGUCUUCCCGACACAGCGUGGGCGAAGGUCGGCAGCACUCCUGCUGCUGCGGUGGUGUGCCGUUGCUGCUGCCAUGGCCCUGGUCCUUCUCGAUCUCCAUGGCUGGAUUGACCUUAGGGCCUACAGGACAUUUGCCCGGUGUGGACUGUGGGUGAUUUUGUGCCUGGCCAUUCUCUUAAUGGUAUUAGUCCUCAUGCCGCUACAGCAGGCCUUUCCACGUUUCUGCAGUGUAUCAUAUGUUUAUAGAAGAAUAUUUUGAAGAUGAUGAUGAACCACCUCUGCUUCUCAGCUUCUUUUCUUCUUGUUCUGCUGGGUCUAUGGGGAACUCUGGCAGCAGCACAGUGCGUCGGGGGCGAGGGCUGUGCAUGUCAGCAGUGCCCAGCAGGACAAGAGCCCACCAAGACCUGUGGGGAAGCUGAGGCAGCGGAGGUGGUGGGAUGCCAAGCCUGCCCGGCGGGUACCUUCUCUGGCACCCAGGACGCCGCACAGUGCCGCCCCCACAGCUCCUGUCAGCUCCGACUCCGCAGGCUGGUGGCACUCGGCACCCCCACCACGGACACCGUGUGUGGAGGCUGCCUGCCAGGGUUCCAACCAGCUGUGGCUCAGGAGGCCUCUGCCCUCUACGUCUGCGUGAAGAAGCUGGUGCGGCUUCCGCGGACGGUGGGCAAGAGCAUGCCCCGGGGCGCGGGCAUGGCGGCGCCCAACGCCACCAACGUGCGCAGCCCCGAGGAGAAGAGCACGGAGUACGCGGUGUUCGCCCUGGUGCCCAUCUUCUGCAUCAUGGGCCUGCUUGGCAUCCUCAUCUGCAACCUGCUGAAGAAGAAGGGAUACCGCUGCACCUCCGAGAAGGAGGGCGGCGACGAGGAGACCCCCACUCCUCAGAAAGAAGGUAACAACUGCCCAUACAUUGUUGACGACCCCAAUGAAGACACUAUCAGUGUGUUGGUCCGCCUGAUCACUGAGAAAAAAGAGAACGCUGCUGCCUUGGAGGAGCUGCUGAUGGAGUACGAGAGCAAGCAGAUAGCUGCCAGCAAAGCCUCAUCCAUCAAGUUCCCUGGCCUUCCCAACCUGGCCCAGUUCCACUCCCUCCCCCGCCUGUGUACCCAUCAGCACUUGCACACCAUCAACGGUCUGGCUCCGCGCUCGGGCACCUGCUGCUCUCGCUGCAGCCAGAAGAAGUGGCCCGAGCUGCUGCUGCCUCCCACCAUCGACACCCACAAGACCUCCAUCUCCACCUGUGCCGCCACCACCACCACUCCCCCCGCACGCACCCCCCUGCCCAGGGAGGUCACCAUCCUCUCCGUGGGCAGGUUCCAAGUGGCCCAGAUUCCCGAGCUGAAGGGCGUUCCCAUAGAGACGUUGCCGUUGGAGUCCAGCGACACGGACUCGGUGGACACGUCUCACACGGAGCCGGCGGACGAGAAGGCCCUGCUAGGCCUGUCCUCCUCGGCCACGCAGGCCUGUAGGAACAGACAGGAGGAGCAGCCAAGACUGAUCAUUAGGCUCGGGGAGAGCAGCGUGGCUCUGUGACAGGUACAUGUGUGAAGCAAAAGAAGACUUUCACCAGGUGAAGAAGAGUCGGGUGGCCACCAGCGGGCUCUGUCGAACAAAGUAUGGAGUCAGACUGCCUUUAGAGGAUGAGAGGGGAAGUUUACCCCCAUGGGGAUACAGUCUGGAAAGCUAUGUAUUUAUUACAUAAAUAAUUUCAUAUCCUAUCUCAGUUGUUUGAAAAAAAAGCAAUACAACUCUGUUUAUAGAAACAGAAAAGGUAGAAGGAAAGACUUUAGAAGAAGGAAAGUAUUUUUUUUCUGUAUAAUAAUAACUGUGCUUCCAUAUGACUUCGCCUGUUUGAAGUCAAGCCAUGCAGUGCACAUUAACAUUAAGACGGCAUGAUGUACAAGUUGACUACAACGUACACACGCAUGCAGGCGCACACACAGACACACACACACACAAACACACAUUAAUGCAUAUCAUCGUUGAUCAGAAUAUCGCAGCAUUCCAGCACCACAGCAUGAGCAUUCUACAGGCCUACACAUGCUUCUCCUCUGACAUCAACACCAAGUAUUACUUACAGGAGCAGUGUUGCCAGAUGCAAAAUGCCGAAGAAUCGUAUCAAAACCUCAAAAUUAUCAUUUUGGGGGGGCUUUUUGAGAGGAAAUUAUCGUUCAAGACCCAACUUAUUGUUUCAAGGCAUCUAAAUGAACUGAAGGACAACUCUGAAAUUAUCGCAAAUCAUGUUUUUUUGAUUGUACAAAAUGGAAAAAAUGAUGGUACAAAUACGAUAACUAUCGUACAUCUGGCAACACUGUGAACAGGGAGUGGGGUGAAAAAUAAUAAAAAGUGGCUCCGACUUGUACAGGCGUUUGGAGAAUCUGGAAUUGAGGUAGUUUCAGUUUUCAGUCCAUCAGAGAUUUCCUCUUUUGCAAUGGUAUACUGUACGCACACAGACACAAAACAAGCCAAUAUUUUCUGUCAAUAAUGCAACUUAUUCUAGCUUUGAUACUUAACUCUUUGGAAUGGCUUUCAGUGCUAGAACUCUGCUUGUCUUUUUUCCAUUUUGCAUCAGAAUUACUGAUUUUGAUGCCUGAGCACUUCUUUAGAUGAUUGUAUAUACUGUAUGUUUAGAGUGCAAAGGGAAAGGCUACAUUUCAGCUUGGCGUUUCUUUUUUUAUAUUCACCAGCAGUGUUUUAGCGUACAGGGGGCUGACGGGGUGACCUCAGUGUGGCAGUACGUUUGCUGUGUGUGCCUCUGCCCCCAUUCAUUUCCAGUCAUCCAUAUUUAAAAUUGGGAUGGAAUGCAUUUGUGUCUUUAGCUUCUUUGCUACGGAGCCCAGGACAUCCGUUUUCCUGGAUGUGUGUUCUGUCACACACACAUGCUCGCACGCACGUACACGCACACAUGCACACACACACACACACACACACACACACACACACACACACACACAUACACAC